AUGUCAAAGCGUCGCAGAGGUGAGGAGGACCAGUCCGAUGCGCCUUUUUCAAAAAGACGCCGGGACUCUGCAACUGGUGGCCCCGUUGACCGCCUGUCCUCGUUGAGCAAUGAGCUUUUGCUUCAUAUCUUGUCGUUUCUUCCAAUCUCAUCACUUGGUAUUAUCCCGUCGAUUCAAUGCUCUGAGCGGGGAUUCGGAGAUCUGGAAAAGACAAUAUUAUACCCAAUGGGUGCGCCCUCGAGCUCGCCGCUUGGCAAGUGCUAG